AUGGUUUUGAUCGGGAAGGACGCGUUUGAUCUCUUCGAUGCCAGCGGCUCUGGGACGAUCGAUGCGGAGGAGCUGUGGGUGGUGCUCCGAGCGCUGGGGUCUGAGCCCGAGAAGGCGGAGAUAAAGGCUUUUGUGAGCGAGGCAGACAAAGACGGAACCGGGCGGAUAGAUUUUGACGGCUUCACGAAGGUGCUUCUGACAAAGUUAGCGGAGCGGCCGGGGCCGGAGGACAUUCAAAGGGCGUUCCGCCAUUUUGACCGCCGGGGAAGCGGCGCUCUGACCGCGUCGGACCUGCGGCAGAUUGCAGACGAGAUUGGCGAGGAUGUCGACGAUGCAGAGCUGGCUGCUAUGAUUGCCCAGUCGGAUCCGUCCGGGGCGGGCAGCGUCUCACAGAGCGACUUUGAGAAAGUCGUCACCUCCUACGCCAGGCGCUUUGACUAA